CUCUUACCUCAUGGUACAUAACCAUUAAGCCAAAUGUCAUUUGAUCAGGUUAGGUUUCGUGUUUGAGGUUAUGAUCAAGAACAACUGUUGUUUAACAACAUAACAACUUUAUUUUGAAAGUCUGGCUUUGGGUCCCUCGGCCCUCCUUGCCUUCUUCCAAGAUUUUAUUAGAGAGACUGAGAAAUCAUAUGUUGAUCCGAAAUGGAACAGAAACCCAAAAUUGAUCCUGGUUGGAAUGAUCCACCAAUGCUCAAUUACACAGCUAUGAACCCACCACCAAAAACACGAAUAACUAAUAAAAGGGUAGCUUUUCCAAUCAGUGAUGGUAAUUCUACAAUCAAAUCAAAUUUAUUGUCUUCAAGUUCACCACCCAGCAUGCCACCAUUGGCCACCUUACCAACAAGCAUCUUACAUUCUGAAACUACUAAAGAGAAUAUUUGCAAGUUUCUAAAAAAUGAAGAGGCCAAGCAAAAUUUCUCUGAAAUUUGGGAAACUGGAAAAUUUUCUGAGGAGUGUAAAUGUGAUAUUGAAUCUUUAGCUAGAGCUAUGAUUGAACAAGAUUUAGUUACUGUGAGAAAUAUAAAAGACAAACUCAUUUUGCAGUCUAAUGAUUUGUGUGGACAGUGGUUGAAUGAUAUUAAUUUGUGAUUCUUUUAUUGCUUUUCAUAAAAAAUUUGCUUUUAAUAUUAGACCAAACUGCAGAAAUCUUAUCCAAAGAUGUUAUCUUCAUUUAAAAAACUGUGGGAAUCUUUGGCAUUGUAGCUAUGAGAAAUAUGAAUUGAAACUGGGCUGGUCCUCUUUGUUAAAUAAAACAGAUUUCAGGUUAAAGAUGUUUAUAUUGUGAUUUAUUGUUCAUUAAAAAUUUUUACAAAUGUUGUGCCCUCUUAUUUUAGCAAUUGAAAACAACAACUUGUUCAUAAUUAUUGCUUUGUGUUAUAUUUGUUCAACUAUGUGAGUCAUGAUAUAUAUAUAUAUGUCAGUGCCAGGAUUGAUCACAAGAGGUAUUCAUAACUAAACAUGCUUGAUUUCAUAUAUUAGAAUUUGUCCUAUAUGGCCUAAACAAAAUCAUACAAAAUUAAGCAGAGUUUUUGUUUUCCUAUGAUGAGUCAUCUUUAACAAUUAAGUAAAAACUAUAUUUCAUUCAGGUCCCUAAAGUACCUUCUAUAUUUAUAAUACAGAAGAGUUUGAAGUUGAAAAUUUUCAGUUGAAUAUAAGUGUUCAAAUAUUCUUGUCUUAUGAAUUGAACCGAUUUCUCCCCCAAAUUUUGGAGCCAUCAGCAUUAAUAUUAUUACUAUCACAAUUCGAAAUUUGCUCUUAUAUUGCUGAAAAAUCAAGAUAAUUUUUUACAGUUAAUUAUUUAUCUAUUCAGUGAUCUCUACAAAUGCUCAUAGAUUCAAGAAUCUUCACAUUUAUUUUUGCAGAGGGAGAAUCUAGUAAAUAUUUUUAACUUUAAAGGAGUACAGUUUCUAUAUUAAUUAUUCAUCAGCACUUUAUCAAGUCAGUAAUUUCACAUAUGAUUUGGGUUAAUGAACGCUGGUAUUGAAUUCAUCAGAGCAGGUCAUUUUAAAUAAGUCAAUCAUGACAUGUUGACUGUACAUACAACAUUAAUACAAAUAAGAUAUUUGUCAACAGUAUCAAUAUCACAUAGUAUUUAGAAUUUCUUUAGAAGAGAGGUGCACUUGUGUAAGAAAUUUAGCAUAUUAGCGAUAAUAUCGUGCCUUUGAUUCAUUUUGAUACAAAUUAGGGUGUCUAAUAAAUUGGUGUUUGAUGUUUUUGCUAUCCUAAAUUUACACCUUAAUGCAACUUUGAUAUGGUCCAAUUUCAUAAUUCCUGCUCCAACUCUUCAUCUUACAAGUUUAAAUGUUGUCAUGAAUAUGGCAAAGAAAUACACAACUAUUAGAACAUAUAAAAGAUUUCUUGAUUUCUUGCUUCUCGGAGAAGGAACGUGAAUUAUGUAUGUAUGUGAAAAAUGUAUAUGGAGUAUCCAACGAGAACAAAACAGACUGAAUAGCUUCCGGAAGAAUGUUUAUUUGGAAUAACCCUGAAAUAGGUUGAUUUUCAAUUCAUGGACGACGCCUGUUUAUCUGACCACAACUGUCCUAUAUCAUUCUCUUUCCCUCCAUUUGGCUGACCCUAAGAAUUUGAAAUAUUGAAUAGGAAAAGUACCAUCUAUGGCACAAAAAAAAGUUGAAGAAAUCGGUAAUAUGAGUGAGGUUCCCCUCAUUCUCAUUUUACCGGAAGUCUGUUUAGUUUUCGUUAGCCCACUCUAGAUGUUGGUGGUCCUGGAAUAUACAUUGUUCUUAGAAAUAGCACAUUUUCUAAAAAAAUCAUUUUCAGACUUCCCUAACUCCUGAAAUCUGAAUCAUUUAUCAAACUAUCACACUACGUCUAUUUGAUUUUUGAUCAGGAGCAUACUGUUCCAAGUCUUCUGGCUGAGCAUUUAGUGCGGAAUAAUCGAUUGGAAACAUGAUCAAUGACAUGGAGCUUGGAGGGGCACCCAGAAUGUGAUGGCCUGGACCGUUCGGAUUUCUGCUUAUGAGGUAGUUCGAGAAACACAAACGGACUUCACACCAGCCUGCUCCAGGACACUAGGACAUACCAGGAACCAGGGCCACACCAUUGCCAGGACCAGGACACAUCAGGUCAGGACCCUACUGUCCAG